CCCUUCAAAAUUUCGCGGGUAGAAUUGAGCCGCCAUCUAGCGAAUUCUUUCGUAAUCAUGUUCAUACGGAGGAUUGGAUUAUAUCACUGUUGGCUGCACUGCUGUAAUACGUGUUUGAGGUUAUAAAAUUCUCCUAUAGGAUUUUAAUUCAAUUCGUGAUAAAACGAGAUCAUGGAAAAAGUCGAACACUUGUGGAAUGUAACUAAAUAUUUGACGAAGUUACGAUGUCCAGAAGCAAACAGAUUACAAAACUUUUAUAUAGAACGUUGUAGAAAUGCAGCUAACGAAGUCGAGUUACCAAAAAAAUGUUUUGGACCUUUAAUAAUGUGUUCUCAUUGCGGUUCACUUUGGGCGACUAUAAAUCAUCAAGUACGAAUAUUACCUGGUAGAAAGAUUUCCCAUUCAGUUGGUAAGAUGAUUAAAACAAAUACCGAUGGGUACAAAGUAUCUAAGGUUCGAGCUAAAUUAAUAAAAAAAUGUAAAAAGAAGGAAAUGAAUAAACUCUCGAUAAAAUGUUCUGUUUGUUUACAUCGAACAGAAAUACAAAUGAAUAAACCAAAGAGAAAAGUUGAAACCUCUGAUAAUACGUUAGAGAAAUCUAAAAUUCUACAGAAAAAAAAGAAGAAAAAGGGAAAAGACAAAACGGUUGGAUUAAAUAUUUCUGGAAACAUUGUUCCAGAAUUACAAUCGAACGAAAGUAAGAAAAUUCCUUUAAAGAGUAACACGAGUCAGUUUAAAACUAAGAAUUUAAAUACACCAAAGAUAAAGAAAUUAAAUAUAAAUAAAAUGAAAGAUAUUGUAAAUCAAGGUAUGACGCCACCUAAUAGAAAGAGUUUGACAAAUUUUUUAAAAGAGCUCAUAUAAAACAAAAAUUAAAAAGUGUAUCAUCCUAUUGUACUAAACGACUUAGGCUCAUUGCCUACAUAGUAAUUUAUUGAGCUUUGAAUUGCUUCCUACAUACGAUGGGUACUGAUAAAAUAAAUAAGUACCGCAUUAAAAUACGUGGAACGUAGAUUUUUUUCUUUUUUCUUUUUUUUUCUUUUUCUUUUUUUUUUU